AUGGGUGCGUGGUUCAGAAAUGCAAAGCCAUAUUUGCUAUUGUUGGGAGUACAAUUUGGCUCAGCCGGAAUGUUCAUUUUUGCAAUGGAUGCUAUCAACAAGGGUAUGAGCCAUUACGUCUUCAUAGUCUACCGUAAUGCCAUCGCCGCCAUAACUCUCGCUCCCUUCGCAUUUGUUCUAGAAAGGAAAGUUAGGCCUAAGAUGACUACCCGGAUAUUUUUAGAGAUUGUGGCACUGGCUUUCUUCGAAAUAAUACUUGAUCAAUGCUUCGCCCUCUUGGGAAUGAAAUUAACGUCGGCAUCUUUCCUAUCGGCUGUGAUGAACACCACACCCUCCAUUACUUUUGUGUUGGCAGUCAUUCUAAGAUUGGAACACAUGAAGAUUAAGGAGGUAGCAUGUCAAGCCAAAGUGGUUGGCACCGCAAUAAGUUUUGGAGGCACGUUGCUAAUGGCACUGUACAAGGGUCCCUUAAUUAGUGUUGUGGGAUCGUCAAACAGCCAUGCUGGCCAGCCUGAGAAUGUGAACGACCCAACUGGCAAGCACUGGGUCACAGGAACAUGUUUCAUCCUCAUUGGUUGUGCAGGCUUUUCUACAUUUUACAUAUUGCAGGCUAUAACAUUGAGAAAGUAUAAAGCACCGAUGUCCCUGGCCACCUGGGUUUGCUUUAUAGGUGCACUUCAAAGCUCUGUAGUAGCUGUUAUCGCGGAGCGCCAUCGCACUCAUGCCUGGUCUCGGGGUUGGGACACACGACUCUUUGCUCCCGCUUACGCGGGAAUAGUUACAUCAGGAGUCAAGUAUUAUAUUCAAGGCAUGGUCACAAAAGUCAUGGGCCCAGUUAUUGUGACUGCUUUUAAUCCCUUGCGUAUGAUCAUUGUCAUAGCCUUGGCUUGCAUCAUCCUCUCUGAGCAACUUUACCUUGGAAGUAUUAUUGGAGCAAUAGUGGUGGUUGCUGGACUUUAUCUAGUUGUGUGGGGAAAAUCUAAAGAAUACAAAGGUCGAAUGCCACCGUCCCCUGCAAAGGAGAACUCCAUGCAAGAACAGCAGCUACCGGUCACAGAUCCCAGCAAUGAUAGCAGCGAUAAUAAAGCUCAAUUGAUCAUUCACGGUGAUAAAAAAGGCGAUGAGGAGACCACAAUAUCAAAAACAGAAAGUCAGAUAAAUUAA